GUGGCAACUCGAACCCCGUCUGAAUUAUUGACGCUCCUCCUCCAAGAAGCGACUUCAAUAUCCCCCGGCCAAGGCGACCGCCUGCGCUUCACAGUCCCACUGUUCGCCCCCAGCGGAGCUCCUGGGCCCCGGAACUACCAAACCCAUAAUCCCCGGCGGCCCUGCCAGCCUCGUGCAGCUCUUCGGGAGCUGCAGUCUCGCCACUGCACUCUCGCUCCUUUACGAGCUGGAGACGAGCACUACAAUUCCCAGCAACACCUGGGAGUCUCGCCUGCCUCCGCCUCCCCCAGCUGGCUUGAAGGCUGUUAUUGUUGUUGCUAAAAGCCCAAGCUACCAAGAUGGAAGAGGGGCAGUCCCAUCCUGGUGUGGCUUUCCUAAAUGUGGCCUCAAGUUACGUGCCCCACACCAAAGUGGAGUGUUACUAUACCCUCCCAUCUGGCCUGAAGCCCUCACCCAGAGAUUGGAUUGGGAUCUUUAAGGUGGAAGCUUCCUCAGUGCGUGAUUAUUACACCUUUGUGUGGUGCACAGUGCCAGAUGGCGGAGCUUCGGCAAGAGCCCUUCUUCACUGUAGUGUGCAGUUCCAAGCCAGCUACCUGCCUAAGCCAGGACCCCAGCAAUACCAGUUCCGUUAUGUGGAUCGCCAUGGAGAGGUGCGUGGUCAAAGCCCUCCUUUCCAGUUCAGCGAGCCACAGCCCAUGGAUGAGCUUGUCACCCUGGAGGAAGCCAGUGAUGACAAUGGGGACACCGACAUGUUGCUAGUGGUUCCCAAGGCCACUCUGCUAGAGACUCAGCUGGAGGAGAGUCGUCAGGAGCAAGGGGCCCUGUUGCAGGAGUCGUGCCGCUUGAAGGAGGAGGUUCAAGAGCUACGGAGCCGCAUCGCUGAGCUAGAAGAGGUGCUCAGCUCCCUGCGUGAUGAGCAUUCCAAGCUGGCUGCGCAAUACAAGGAAUUGUCAAGUUGUUUAGCGGAAGUGUCCAAGCAGAAAGAGACUCUCAGCCUCCAAGAAACUAUGCAUUUGGCACGAAUCCAGCAACUGGAAGGUGAUAUCCAGGCCAUGGGUGAGAAGAUGCUCCAGAGAGAGACAGAACUAGACAGGGCAAAGGACACGGUCAAGUCACUGCUGCGCGAACAGGAGCAAAUUCACCAUCAGCUCAAAGAGGAGAAUGCAGAGAAAGAGCAGUUCCAGGUCAAGCUGCAGGCCUCCGAGGAGGAAAGCCGCAGCCUGGCCUCGGAUCUGCAGGAAGCCAAGACCCUCCACGUCGAGAGGCUUUCCCAGACCCUGGUGCUGCAGGAGGACAUCAACAAGCUGCAGCAGAAGCUGGCCACCGCUAAUCGCCGCACAGCACAGAUGGAGUCCUUGUGCGAACAGCUGCGCUCCACCCAGGAUGUCCUGGCUGCCAGCCAGCAGAAGGUGGCCCUCUUAGGGGAAGAGCUGGCCAGCGUGGCCUCCAUCCGGGACCACACCAUUUCCGACCUGCACAAGAGCCGCCUCGAGGCAGCCGAGAUAAACAUCAAGCUCGCUGACAUGACCCUGAAGUGGAAAGAAGGCAAGGGCCAGUGGUGGAAGGAGAAGGCCACGCUGCUGCAAAAUGUGGAGGCAGAGAAGGACAAGAUCCUGAAGCUGAGUGCCGAGGUGCUGCGCCUUGAGAAGAACCUGCAAGAAGAGCGGGCACAGCGCCAGGUGCUGCACAGUGAGUUGGCGCAAGAGCGUGACUCCAGCCUGGUGCAGGUGUCUGAAAACCGCCGAGAGUUACGCGAGCUUCGCGCUGCACUGCAAGUUGCCCAGAAGGAGAAGGAGCAGUUGCAGGCUGAAAAGCAGGAGCUGCUGGUGUAUGUGCGGCGCCUUGAAGAGCGCCUAGAGAAGGUAGCUGAUGAGAAAUGGAGUGAAUCAGUUCUGGUGGAUGAAGAGACAGUCCUGGACACCCCUGGCUCUCUGGACUCCCCGCUGUCUGACUCGGAGGACGAAUGCCCUGAGGACAUGCGUCUGCCCACCCAGCUGGGCUCCUACAGCCUGUGUGACAACCGGGCCACUAGCACCACCCCGCCCUGUGCCCGUGGGCCUGCCCAAGCAGUGGUGAUUAGCCAGCCUGCGCCUAUUGCCAACCAGAUCAAGCAGCCAGCAGAGGAUUCCAGUUCUGAUUCGGAGGCAGAGGAUGAGAAGGCUGUUUUGAUGGCAGCUGCACAGAGUGGUGGCGAAGAGACCAGCUUGCUCCUUCCAGAACUGAGCAGUGGCUUCUAUGAGGUGGCCAGUGGACUAACAGGGCGGCAGAUGUCGGAGCCAGGGGCCAGUGGGAUGGGGGCAUCUCCCUUGGACCUGCCCUCGCCAGCAUUUUGGAAGGAGUGUCCCGUCUGCCAUGAGCGCUUCCCACUGGAGAGUGACAAAGAAGCCAUGGAUACGCAUGUUGAUGGGCACUUCUUCUUCAGCACCCACGACCCCUUCGCUUUUGAGUGAGCCCUCCUUUCCCCCAUCCCAGACCUCACCACCAAGCCCCCUUGGUUUCCCCCUCCCCAUUCACUGGGAUCCAGGCUGGGUACCUUCCAUCCCUUCCCUAGAGAGCUUGCUAAGAUGAAGGCAUUAUCCUAGCAGAGUAGCUUGAUAAGCUAGGUGGUAACAGGAGUCUGCCAUCUUGCUGGGACCUCUCUAAGGCAACGCAGUCAGAGCCCACUUGCUUUGGGAGGAACAAGGCAAGUUAAACCCAGACACACAGAUGUUAAACUGAGAGUGAGACACCCGUGGCCCUCCAGAUGCCGUUGGACCAAAAUUCCCAUUGUCCUGGACCAUUAGCCAUCCUGGCUGGGACUAAUGGAAGUCAAGUCCAACAUCAUCCAGAGGGCUUCAUGUUUCCCACCCCUGCAUUAAACAGAAACUGAGCCUUGGCUCAGAAAUCAAGUAAAAGAGUUUUUAUUUUCUCUUGACAGGUUGUGUGAGAGGACGCAUUCAGACAUAAACAGUAAUUUUGUAAUGCUAAGUGAGUUAAAAGAAAAGAGUCAACAAUCCUUGGCAAACCCAAAGGGUUUGUGACUCUUAUCUUCUUGCCCCCAUGUAAAUGGUGCUGUGUACAAAAGCAGGGCUCACAAACAGCGGUUUGCUGGGUGCACCUCAUGGUUCAGAGGUGAAGCACCAUAAGCUCAGCCAGGGUAUGGUGCUCAAAGAGCCCGAUUUGUGCAGAUGGUUCUUAGUCCUGGUUCUUAGUCCUGUGAGAGUAACCUAAGAUGAUAAACAUGCCCUCACAGGUCUUGACAACAUGCUGUAACCAAUCCAUUCGUAGAAACACUCGCUUCUAGCAUUCUAGACUAGCUUUCCCCAAGCUGGUGCCUUCCAGAUGUAUUGGCUGACAACUGCCAUCAUCCCCAGUCUUCACUGACUAUGCCGGCUGGGAAGCAUGAGAUUUUCCAGCCAACAGCUAGAAUGCAUCAGGCGGGGGAAGGCUGCACUGCACUGUUGGAUGUUGGGGACAAAGGAGCGAGCCCCAGAACAUGUUUGUUGGACAGGGUGCCUGCAGGAUUCUAGUCUGAGCAAUCCAGUACAAAAAGCCAGACUACCGCUUUGUGUCAUACGUGCGCACUUUUGUGCACAUGCCCACACACACAUUCUGUGUUGGGGUUUCUCACUCAAACUGUGUUGGCUUCAGCCAUUGUCUUUCUUGGCAGUAUAGAAAAUUACAUAAGUCAACAAUUUUUUUAAGAAAUACAUUUAAGAAUCUUCAGCCUCUCUCCCUUUAGUCAACUGCCAAAGGAAACAAUGCUGUGAAACUUGCUAGUUAUUGAAAAGAGAAACCCUCAUUGCAAAGAAAAAGGAUUUUUUUUAAAGCUAGAAGUGGGUUCUGAUUGGCAUUGGAACAGGAGAUACUUGAAAAUGAGAUGAAAAGGGGCUGCUUGGACAUCUGAUCUCGCUCCUGCAUGCAGUCAGUUUAGGAGUGGAUUUCAGGUUCAUGUGCUCCCUCCUCCAUUUCUCUCACCAUUUAUGGCCUGGCCAGGAAGCAUGAGAACUCAAGGCCUACCGGAGAUCUUGCCACUCAUACAACUGAAAUCAGAACUCUUGUCUGAUUAGAGCCAGUGUUGGUGGUACACUGCAGUGACGCUAUGUAGCGCAGCCUCUUGGGUAAAGCAGAACUGUGCAGCCACGGUGGUGCACCAGCAUGUUGCUCCUAUCAGUCUCAGCCAGCAUGCCCAAAGGUGAGAGCUGAUGGAGGUUGCAGUCCAAUAGCACUCUCCAUCCCUGAUUUAGGGUGUGGGUGAGAGGAAAGGAGAGGCAGUGUUUCCUAGUGGUUAGAGUAGGAAUAAGAUUGAGGAGAUCUGGGUUCAAGACCUCAUGUGGCCAUGAAGCUCACUAGGUGACUUUGGACCAGUCACUGACUCUCAGCCUGGCCUGCCACACAGUCUUCUUGUGAGGAUAAAAUGGAGAGGAGGGAAAUCAUGGAAAGCCCUUAGAUUCCUGGAAAAGCGGUGAAGAAAAGGCAGGAUACAGAUGCAAUAGCGCAUCAGUACUCAAAAGGGAGGAUCAGAACACCUGUCAUAAUGAAAGCCUCAGACAGAAAAGGCAAGAUCUCGGCUGCAGAUAGCAGAGUGAGGGCACCCCAUGGCGUCAUAUUCCACAGGCUGAAAUCCUAAGCAUGGUUACCUGGGAAGGAGUCCCAUCGGCUCAGUCAGAGCUGCUUCCCAGUGACACUGACAUGCUUAGGCCAUGCAUGUCAGAUCUGUUGAUAUGGUUUGAAAGAUUCAUCCUUGAAACACUCCCUUCCCACUGUCUGGUACAACAAAGGCUGUGAAAGAAGGUUGGCAUGAAGUGAUCGAAUAAAUUUACCUUGAUUACAUCUCCCAAGAAGGUCUGCGGCCUUCACAGAGACCUCCAAAGCCAUCCCUGCAGCCACCAGCAGACAGUCGUAGCUGGCCACAGUUCUUAAGCCCGUGAUGCUUACCUGGAAAAAGAGGUUGGAUCGUAGCUAAGAGACAGAUGUAUCUGUUGCUGGGCUGUACUGUGUCAGGCUAUCAGGGUAGGAUCCAGUCUGAGUAUUCUCCCACAAAGGAUGCUUCCCAGCACGAUCAAAACUAGCAUGACAAGAAGAGGAAUUGAGGUUUGAGGUUUGUGUUUUCCCUGCCAAGGAAGUGUUACCACCACCAUCCCUGCAGUCUGAAACAACACAACCCCACAGCGGAUGCCUCCGGUGGGGCUUCUGUUCAUCUAACUUUUAAAUUCUGACUGUGCGAGCAGAAGCAGAACAGACAGAUGCAAAUGAAUGGAUGUGGGUAUUUAUUGUUUUAGCUAGAGGCCCUUACUCCAGCAAAACCUCAAAGAUUUUAUUGCUUGCAUUUAUAUAUUAUAUGGCAUUGUGUGUUGUUGUUGUUUUUAAUAACUAAAGCAACCAGACUAGCAGACACGUAAAUUAGAAUAAAGCAGAGGAGAGAAUCCAAUAAAACCUCCUGCAUGUCUCACCACCACCAGGGGACAAAAUUAUACAAAUUUGCAGGCAAGAAUUUUUUUGCCUUUCCCUUAAACAUGAUCAAUAUCUUUCCUAAACAUAGUUGUUACCUUUGCAUAAAUAGCAAAAAGCUGAGGUUAUUUAUUCCACAAUAAUGCAGGUUCCAAAAGAUUGCAAUGAUAUCACUUAAAGUUCCUGAAAAAUCAGGAGUGCUAGAAGAAUCUGUAGUGAAAGGAAUAAAAAGAAUGAGGAAGGUCAUUUUUGGGAGAUGUUUUUAGGCUAUUAGUGAAUCCAGUUCUUAAUCAAGGUUGUAUUCUGCACCCCUUGGCCCAGAAUAAAUUAGGCAAAUUCUGUAACUUUGCAGAAACAAUGAAAGAAUUCUGUGUCCAUAAUAAUACAAUAGCAGUAUGUAUAAAUAUUGGAAGAAAUAGUUUGAUGAGACUAAUUGCAAUAAAGAGAGUUCUGUAGAAGUUCUGUUAAAUACUAACAGCCCCAUAAUAAGGUCUAGAAGCACACUUGUGAUUUUGAUUUUGCAUCAACGUGGCAAGGGUGGUGUUAAAAUGAAGCUGCGGGAUCAUGAACCGGGAACUCACAUGUGCAGAAUACACCAUGGUGUGUUUCCAGUUUAGAGAUGACUUGCCCCUUGUCUACAUGCUCCAGGUCAGGGCUAUGGGCACUUGUGUGCACACUGUGGACACAGCACCCCAGAGGCCCCACAUGCCGCUUCCAGAAUGAAUGCAGAAAGCAUGUCAGUUAUGAGAGCCAGCAUGGUGUGAUGGCUGGAGCGCCGGACUGGGGAGCUGGGAGACCUGAGUUCUAGUCCCCGCUCAGCCAUAGUGCUCACUGGGAGCCACUCCCUCUCAGCCUAACCUACCUCACAGGGCGAUUGUUGAGAAGAUAACAUGGAGUUAUGUAAGCUGCAUUGAUAUGAAUAGCACUGUUCACAUAGCACUGAAGUAUGCUUCCAAAAGAAGGGUAGGGAAGUGUAGCACGUAUCAAGAGGAGACGCUCUAGACUACUGAGAGGGAGAAGGAGAGAGUUCUGUGGCACCCUAGUAACUAAUUUACUGUAGAAUGAAUUUUCAUAGCAUGUAGCUCAUUUCAGCAAACAUUGCACCAAAGCUGUAUAGGAUCUUUUGGAAGAGGUGAGAAGGUCAGGCAGAGAUAUUUGGGAGUGGGUGGAUUCAGCCGACACAAACCAAAGGGGAGAGAGAAGUUGUGGAGGGCACAGACCUCCCCACCACCACCAUUGAGACCCAAAGGUUGCCCUUGCCAGCCCCAAAGAAAUUCUUCGCCCCAUAGUUGGCAUCUUAAAGACUAGAAAUAGGGAGAGAUUUUUGAUUUUUGGUUGCUUUUUAAAACCUGAGGAUAUAUAAUGUUGAGCUGGGAACUGCUGUUGUGUAGCAUACACAGUGAGCUCAGCCAUGAUGCGCAUUGAAUGGGUCUAAUUCUAACUUCUCAUAGGGAGCAAACCCAGUUCGGUCACUUGGCAUAUUUGAGCACCAGCAACAGGCCCCUAAUGAUAUAUGAACAUCACGUGCACACUCACCAGCCUGCACGGAUAGGACAAAUGCAGGACUGGCAGUGUGCACCCAGCAAAUAUCCACCUUUACUGCUGUCGGGGUUAGGGGUAUUUUCAGUGCAGUGGGGAGCCGCUAGGAGUGGGUUGCCUCAUUGCUGAUUCAAUGGUUAUUCCAUAGGACCUUCGGCCUCGGCGGACGCAGGAGCUGAAUUGCCCUGGAUGUGAACCUCAAGAUGUGUUUGCACAUCCAGUUGCAGCGAUAGUCAAUGUUAGGGACUAGGAGCCCACUCAUUAUUUUUUCCUCUGACAGCCUGGCUCCCAUUGUUGGGCAAUUCCCCGCCAGCCUGUCCACAUGUGCAGCAUGAUCUCGUGGUGCAGCUGGUGGGUCCCAGGUGCAAGUGCUUCCUCCAUGAACAGAGCUCCUUGCAUGUGCACAUGUGUGCACACACGGGAAAGGGAAUGGGUUCCUUGCUAGCCUUGCCUCUGAUGCACUGGUUGCGAUGUGUGCAGACCUGGAGGGAGCCCUUGAACCUGCGAUGCCCCUCCUGCAGUGCUCCCUGGCCCAAUCCGGGAAAAGCUCCCUUGGCUUGGUUCUGCUGCACCGGUAAAGGGGCCCUGAGAGUCGUGAGAGGCAAGGGCGAUUCCUUGCGUGAUGACCGAUGAUCGCAGACUGACACUUUCAAAUGAUUUGGUGAUCACGGCAAGGAAAAGGGGGGAAAUGAGAUGGUGGCCCUUUACCAGCCAUACUUCCUUGAGUAGACUUGGUUCCCCGCCUCACCUGUUUUGUUGUUGUUUUAAAGUAGCCCUUUCUCAGCAUGCUCCUGCAUCUGUCGCCACCUCCUCAGCUCCCCACCCCACGACCGCAGCCGCUAGCCUCUCCCUUGGACCGCUUCGCCUCGCCUCGUAUCUCACAUGGGUUGCCACUGUGCUUGGCCGAUCAUGCUGUUUCCGUUCCCACCCCUACGCCCUGCUGUACAGAUCCCUGGCACCCCCACUCUGGAUGGAGCUUUGGCCUCGCUUCCAACCAAUCCCUUGGUUGCGGCUUGUUCUCUUUUUCUGCCUCUUGGUGUAUUUGCUGGGCUCUGAGAGGAGGAUGUGAGACCCACCUUCAGCUUAAGCAAGUGUGUGUGUGUGUGUGUGUGGGGAGAGAGAGAGAGAGAGACUGACUCUCUAAUGACUGUGCCUUUUGGAGAGGCCGCAACGCCUCUCCUUGCGUGGGAACUUUCCAGCAUGUGCCGCCGCAGUUCUGAGUUCACCUUACCUGUCUCUUUAUACCCCCCACCCCACGAAACCCCACUUUUACUGAAUACACGAGUCAGCAACACAAGCUCAGAGCAAUAAUCCUCCUUCCACUCCCCAAUCCUGACACGCCCCCAAGUCUAUGUAUAGGGUGUACAUAUAUAUAUUUAUAUUUAUAUUUAUAUGACAUGUUGCAGCUAUUCUAAUAAAAAGCAGUCUUUCUGCAA